AUGUCCAGUCAAUAUUCUGUUUUUCUUUCAGACAUUUUUAUUAUCAAAUUUCGACGAAAUGGGGAAGCAUAAGAAGCACCACUAUGGUCACAAAAGUUCGUCUUCAUCUUCAAGUUCUAGCUCAGACAGUUCUGAUGGUGAAUACAAACAUUUACCUAAACAUGAACGUAAACGUAUGAAGAAACUUAGGAAACAAAUGAAAAAGGGUAAAAUACCACCAGGUUCAGUGCCAGGGAUGUAUCCAGCAGGAGCCCACGGUGUACCUCAUGGAAUGCCCCAUGGGGCACCUCAUGGAGGUUAUCCAGGGCAGCCAGGAUAUCCACCAGCAGGAGGAUAUCCAACAGGUGUAGCUCCACCUCCUGCAGGGUAUGCACCGCCCCCAGGACAGAUGUACCCAGGUCAAGCUCCAGGAUAUCCGGGACAGGCUCCAGGAUACCCCCAUGGGGCGCCAAAUCCUGCCUACCCUGCUGGAGGAGCAGGUGGUUUUCUACCACCAGGAGGGGCACCCCCACCGCAGGGUUAUCCUGGAGGGGCUUAUCCCGGAAGCCAAGCCAGCUCUGGUAUCACAGCUGGUCAGUAUGACUACACAAAGCCAGGUGCUCCACCUGUUGGGCAACCAGGAUACCCAGGGGCUCAACUAGGAUAUGCCCCAGCACCUGGUGGCCAACCAGGCUAUGCCCCACCACCAGGAGGUCAACCAGGCUAUGCACCACCACCAGGUGGCCAACCAGGUUAUGCACCACAACCAGGAGGUCAACCAGGCUAUGCCCCACCACCAGGAGGUCAACCAGGCUAUGCCCCACAACCAGGUGGCCAACCAGGCUAUGCCCCACCACCAGGUGGCCAACCAGGCUAUGCCCCACCACCAGGAGGUCAACCAGGCUAUGCCCCACCACCAGGUGGCCAACCAGGCUAUGCGCCACCACCAGGAGGUCAACCAGGUGGCCAGACAGGGCAACCGGGUUUGAGUGGCCAGUUCCAGCAACUUGGUAUCCAUGGCAACAUGGGAAUGCCUCGUCCAGUAAUUAGACCAGCACCAAAUUUCUCCGCUGAGAAGGAUGCUGAAAUUAUUCGUAAAGCCAUGAAAGGGGCAGGCACAGAUGAGCAGGCCAUCAUUAAUGUGAUUAGUCAGAGAUCAAAUCAACAGCGUGUUAACAUCAUGAACAUGUUUAAAACCAUGUAUGGCAAGGAUUUAAUCAAAGAUUUGGAAUCGGAACUAAGUGGAGAUUUCCGUGAGACAAUAAUGGCUAUGUUUAAACCUACAACUUUCUACGAUGCCUGGUCACUUCAUGAAGCCAUUAAGGGUUUAGGAACGAAAGAAUCUGCACUGAUAGAGAUUCUCUGUACAAGGACUAACGCUGAAAUACAGGAAAUUAAUAAUUGCUAUAAACAGUAUUAUCAUCAAACCCUGGAAAAAGAUAUUGUGAAUGACACAAGUGGCCAUUUUAAACGUCUGCUAGUCUCUUGUUGUCAGGCUAACAGGACAGAGCUGACACCUGAACAAUGGCAGCGUGUUCAGACACAAGGGCCGGAAUCUGUUAUUGAUAGAAAUCUUGCACGGGAAGAUGCUCAAAAGCUCUACCAGGCCGGAGAGAAAAAACUUGGCACCGAUGAGUCAGCAUUUUUGACAGUUCUUGCUGUUAGGCACUAUUUCCAGCUCAGAGCAACUUUCGAGGAAUAUGUCAAGAUUGCUGGUAGAGAUAUCCUCAGUACUAUUGACAGAGAAAUGUCAGGUGACCUAAAAGAUGGAUUUAUUGCUAUAGUAAUGAGUGCCAAGAACCGUCCGGAGUAUUUUGCUGACAAGUUGUACCAUGCUAUGAAAGGAGCCGGGACCAGUGACUCGACAUUGAUCAGAAUUGUAGUGUCUAGAUCUGAGGUUGACCUUCAGGAUAUCAAGGAAGUGUACCUUUCUAAGUACAAGAAGACACUGGCAACAGCUGUAUCUUCUGACACGAGUGGCGACUAUAAGAGGAUUCUACUUGCUGUCAUUGGACAGUGAUGAUGACAUCAUUCAGUCAGUACUUGUUACUAUAAAUAGUGUUUCUAUAUUUAGAACAUGUUUCUUUUUGCAGAAUAUGUUGCUGUGCAUAGAAAAUGUUACUAUUAAUGUUAAUUGUAUAGAUCAUGAUGAAGAUUGUAAGUUUACUUACAGCAAGACUAUUAUAAGCUAGAAAUAAAAAUGUAUUGCCUUUUCAUUUAUUUUUUUUUUGUAAAACCAUUGUC